AUGCGCCAGUUGUCCUGCUGUGCUUUGUGUCAGGACGUCCUGAAGGAUCCAGUUUCUACCAGCUGUGGACACUGGUUCUGCAGACAGUGCAUCACCUCAUACUUGGACCAGUCUGCUUCAUCAGGACACUCCUCCUGUCCCCAGUGUGGAAAAAAAAGUAAGACCUUCAUCUUUCCAUCAGAUGUUGGUCAGCAGAAGGUUUUAGAUGAACAUAAGAUCAGUCUGAGGAGGAGAUGUGAACAUGUGACUGAAGGAACUAAUGUAAGACGAAGAGGAACCCUCCUCAACAGGAUCUACACGGAGCUCUACAUCACAGAGGGACAGAGUGAAGAGGUUAAUACCCAACAUGAGGUGAAGCAGCUUGAGACAGCUUCCAAGAUGAAGGCCCUCCAUGACACUCCGAUCAGGUGCCACGACAUCUUUAAAGCCUCACCUGACCAACAGAGAAACAUCAGACUGGUUCUGACCUACGGCGUCGCUGGUGUUGGAAAAACCUUCUCAGUGCAGAAGUUCACUCUGGACUGGGCAGAGGGUUUGGAAAACCAAGAUGUCAGUGUGGUGAUUGUGCUUUCGUUCAGGGAGCUGAACUUGAUCAAAGAUGAGCAGUACAGUCUUCUCAGGCUGCUCCAUGUUUUCCAUCCAACAUUACAGAAGAUCACAGCAGAGGAGCUGGCUGUCUGGAAACUUUUGUUCAUCUUUGACGGCCUGGAUGAAAGCAGACUUUCACUGGACUUCAACAACAGUGAAGUUGUGUCUGAUGUCACACAGAAGGCAUCAGUCAAUGUGCUGCUGACAAACCUCAUCAAGGGGAACCUGCUUCCCUCGGCUCUGGUCUGGAUCACUUCCAGACCUGCAGCAGCCAAUCAGAUCCCUCCUACAUGUGUUGACAGGGUAACAGAAGUACGAGGCUUCACUGACACCCAGAAGGAGGAGUACUUCAGGAGGAGGUUCAGUGAUGAAGAGCUGUCCAGCAGAAUCAUCUCCCACAUCAAGACCUCCAGGAGCCUCCACAUCCUGUGUGGAGUCCCAGUCUUCUGCUGGAUCACUGCUACAGUUCUGGAGCACAUGUUGACUACAGAGCAGAGAGGAGAGCUGCCCAAGACCCUGACUGACAUGUAUUCACACUUUGUGAUGGUUCAGACGAAGAGGAAGAAGAACAAGUACCAUGAGGGACAUGAGACGAGUCCAAAGGAGCUGAUGGAGGCUGACAAGGAAGUUCUUCUGAAGCUGGGGAGGCUGGCGUUUGAACAUCUGGAGGAAGGAAACAUCAUGUUCUACCAAGAAGACCUGGAGCGCUGUGGUCUGGAUGUGACAGAGGCCUCAGUGUACUCAGGAGUUUGUACAGAGAUCUUCAAAAGAGAGACUGUGAUCUUCCAGAAAUCAGUCUACUGCUUUGUUCAUCUGAGCGUUCAGGAGUUUCUGGCUGCAGUCUACAUGUUCCACUGUUACAUCAACAAGAAGACAGAGCUGCUGGAGGACUUCCUGGAAAAAGACAACCAGAACUCCACUAAGUCUUUGGAGGACUUCCUGUAUGGAGCCAUGAAGAAAUCCCUGCUCAGUAAAACUGGUCACCUGGACCUGUUUGUUCGCUUCCUUCAUGGCCUCUCUCUGGAGUCCAACCACAGACUCUUAGGAGGUCUGCUGGGUCAGACAGAGAACAGUCCAGAAAUCAUCCAGAGAGCCAUCAGCAAGCUGAAGAAGAUGAGGACUUAUACAAUGUCUCCUGACAGAAGCAUCAACAUCUUCCACUGUCUGAUGGAGAUGAACGACCUCUCAGUUCAUCAGGAGAUCCAAGAGUUCCUGAAGUCAAAGAACAGAUCAGAGAAGGAACUCUCUGAGAUCCACUGCUCAGCUCUGGCCUACAUGCUGGAGAUGUCAGAGGAGGUUCUGGAUGAGUUGGAUCUGGAGAAGUAUGACACAUCAGAGGAGGGACGACAGAGACUGAUCCCAGCUGUGAGGAACUGCAGAAAGGCUCAAUUUACUGGACGUGGACUCUCAGAGACUCACUGUGAAGUUGUGUCCUCAGCUCUGAAGUCCAACCCUUCCUAUCUGACAGAGCUGGACAUGAGUGAUAAUGACCUGAAGGAUUCAGGAGUGAAGCAUCUGUCUGCUGGACUGGAGAGUCCAAACUGUAGACUGGAGACUCUGAGACUGAAGAGCUGCAGUUUGUCUAAGAUCAGCUGUGAUUAUCUGGUCUCAGCUCUGAAGUCCAACCCCUCCCAUCUGAAACAUCUGGACUUGAGUUACAACUUCCUGAAAGAUUCAGAUGUGAAGCAUCUUCUUGAUCUUGUGAAGAGUCCAGACUAUAAACUGGAGACUCUGAGAUUAAAGAACUGCAGUUUGUCAGAGAUCAUCUGUGAUUCUCUGGUCUCAGCUCUGAAGUCCAACCCCUCCCAUCUGAAACAUCUGGACUUGAGUAACAACAAUUUGAAGGAUUCAGGAGUGAAGCAGCUGUGUGGUUUUCUGGAGAGUCCAGACUGUAGACUGGAGACUCUGAGACUAAAGAACUGCAGGUUGUCAGAGAUUAGCUGUGAUUCUCUGGGACCAGCUCUGAAGUCCAACCCCUCCCAUCUGAAACAUCUGGAACUGACUGACAAUAUCCUGGAGGAUUCAGGAAUGAAGCAGCUGUGUGGUUUUCUGGAGAGUCCAGACUGUAGACUGGAGACUCUGAGAUUGGAGAACUGCUGGUUGUCAGAGAUCAGCUGUGAUUCUCUGGUCUCAGCUCUGAAGUCCAACCCCUCCCAUCUGAAACAUCUGGACCUGAGUAACAACAACCUGAAGGAUUCAGGAGUGAAGCAGCUGUGUGGUUUUCUGGAGAGUCCAGACUGUAGACUGGAGACUCUGAGUUUGUGGAGCUGCAGUUUGUCACAGAUCGGCUGUGAUUCUCUGGUCUCAGCUCUGAAGUCCGACCCCUCCCAUCUGAAACAUCUGGACCUGAGUGACAACAACCUGAAGGAUUCAGAUAUGAAGCAGCUUCUUGAUCUUGUCAAGAGUCCAGACUAUAAACUGGAGACUCUGAGGUGGGAGUGAUGAUAAACAGGAAGAGCUGUGUUUGAUGAUCCAGAGGCUGAAGCAGCAGCAGUCAACAUCAGUCUCAGAUCAGCGACAUUUUUAUAACGGCAGCAUAAUGUAACAAGCUAAUCACUGAUGUAAAUAGUAUCUGUUAAAUACACCACAACAUACAGGAAAUUAUUAUUUUCUCUUUAUUUAUUAUACAAAUGCAUUGUACUCUGUACAGUAACACAAUCACAACAACAAGUAACUGUUUAAUCACAUUUUUUAGUUUUGAAUGAGCAACAUCCCUUUGUAAUCCAUGUUAUAAACUUUCCUUUAUGAAAAGAAAUAUAUUGGAUCCCAUCACCCGUUCUAUUGCGCAUCUGUCAUCUAAUGUGAUAUUUGGGAAUCCUAUAAAACGAUUUCCACUCUGCUUGUUCUUUACAAUUUAGACAUUAAUUAGUUACUCACAGAUAUCAACGGAAUAGAUAUUAGAGAAGUGCACUUUCCUGCCAAUGUGGCAGUGUUGUGAUUAACGGCUCUGACUGAUGUCAGCUCACAGAGUUCUAUAGGCAGCCAACAUGAGCAUUGGUUUAUUCUGGUUAUUAUUUACUUUAAGGCUGGAAGCUUUAACUAAAUCCUUUGGGAUUUAUGCCUUUUCUUUAUCUGUAGAUUAUAUUGUUAUCUUGGUCUCUUGUUAUUUUUAAAUUGUAAAUGAUUUGCAAAACAUGUCAAUGAAAAGAGAAUAAAUAAUAAAAUCUU